UGGUGAUAGACUUGUAUAUGAAUUUAAAAUUUACAUUAAAAAUGUUCUCAUGAAUGUAUCUGUGAAUAACGUUUUAGACAAGAUGUCUGCAUUGGGACCUGGACAAAAUGAAGAUGCAGGAUCACCUCGGGAUUUGGAGAGUAUCUCCCUGAAUUUUCCACAGAAUCAUGGUGGUGAUUUAUGUGGGUCUGAAGUUAACAAACAAAAAAAUACAGCCAAUGGACAAGUAGAAGCAGAAGAAGACCUAGAAGUGACAUCGGAGGAUGAGCAACAAAGGCACGAAGAAAGUGAAAAUAAUCAGCCACAGGUCAAUGAAAGAGAGAAGCACAAAAGCAAUAAAAUGGCAGUAUCAGAAAACCUAUAUGAUGGUGCUGCUGAUGACGGUGACGAUGAUGCAUUACUUCCAGAAAGAAAGAGUAGGAAAACUGAAAGUGGGCAGUUUCCUAGGAUGGAGAAAGAAGUGUGUGAUAGGCCUGCAAAGCAAACAUCUAAGGAGAAGAACAAGGUCAAAGAACAAAUACAUUCUAUGGGUGACCAUAAUGACUUAACUUGGUCAUCUGAAAUGGCCCCAGAGGAUUAUGACUUGCCUUCCUCUUAUUAUCAGCAUUUUAUGUUGCCUGUUGAACAGCUUGGAAUGGACUGUAAAGAUUCUGCUAGCAUCUUGAGAAUGCAAGAUGUGACUUACAAGAAAAAGUAA